UAUAAAUGAAGCAUUGCCGAAAAAAUCAGAGAGUUGUAAUCAACCUUUCUACUCUUUAGCUCUUCCUCUACAUUUUCCACACAAAAAUCAAACAUGAGCCGCCAUCCUCCUGUCAAGUGGGCUCAGAGGUCUGAUGAGGUAUACAUAACUGUUGAGUUGCCUGAUGCCCAGGAUGUGAAGCUUAAACUGGAGCCAGAAGGAAAGUUUUUCUUCUCUGCGACCACUGACGCAGAAAAGAUACCUUACGAAAUUGACAUUGACCUGUUUGACAAGGUUGAUGUAAAUAAUAGCAAGGUUUGUGUCGGCUCGAGAAAUAUCUUCUACUUAGUUGCAAAGGCUGAGGACAAAUGGUGGGACAGAUUGUUGAAGCAAAGGGGGAAACCUCCUGCAUUUUUGAAAGUUGAUUGGGAUAAGUGGGUGGAUGAACAUGACGAGGUGGACGUAGACGGUAAAAUUGGAGCCGAUAUGGACUUUGGCAACUUCGAUUUUUCUAAAUUGAGCUUGGGUGGAGGUGAGGAACUGGAUACCGAAGCGACCAACAAUGCUGAUGAUGAUGAGAGCGACACUGAAGAUGACGUAACAGGACAAACAUCAAUUGAUAAUGAAACUGACACAAAAGAGAAGGUAGAUGAGGUAACAGGGCAAACAUCAAUUGAUAAUGAAACUGACACAAAAGAGAAGGUGGAUGUUGCAAGCACUGAAAAUGAGAAAGGAAGAGAGAGAAAGAGUGGAAGAGAACGGAAGCCCCCUGAUUGGGCUAAGGAUUACUACAUGGGAAAAUAAGGACUACCACCAAGUGGAGAAGAAUAAGUUUGUUACUGCUGUAAUUUGCAUUCAUAAUAAUCAAUUGUCUAUCUCAUCCCUUCUUCUAUUUUUCUAAGCCUUGUUACUCUAAAUCUGAAUUUUGUGUUGUAAAUUUCAAUCCUAAUAAUGGAUGGCAGUCCUAGUGCUGUACCUGAAGCUAAAGCUUAAAAAACUCAGAUGGGAACUUUGUUGUCGGAGCCUUCAUUGUAAAGACUUGGGAGACUUCUUGUGAUCUUAGGUUGCUGACAUGUUAACACUUUCAGGGCAAGGUUGCGAGAAUCAAACCGGUCAUUAAACCGGUCGAGUGAUUGGUUCAAUGAUUUAAUGGUCUAAAUAGAGUCGAAUUGGAAUCGAACUGGUUUAAUUAAAUAUGCAUUAAAAUUAUAAAAAAAAUUUAA